UUUGAUGAUAGAAACGAAACGAAGAUUAAACAGAGUGGUUCAAGAAAGAAGGUAGCAGUAAAAGAGAGUGAAAAUGCAGGCCAUGAAGGAAACCGCAUCAAAUAUUGCUGCGUCGGCAAAGUCUGGCAUGGAAAAAACCAAAGUUAUUGCCCAAGAAAAGAUGGAGAGGAUGACAGCAAACAACCCAACUGAGAAAGAGAUGGCAACUGAAAUGAAAGAAGAAAGAAUUAACGAAGCAGAGAUGAAGAAGCAAGAAGCUCGAGAGGAGAAUGCAACAGCUCGGCAAGGCUACUCUAGCACUGGCAAGACAUAUUCCUACUCAACUACUGGAGCCACUGGGCAUCCAACUGGUGCACAUCAAAUGUCAGCGUUACCAGGUCAUGGUAGUGGCCAACCAGCAGGACAGGUGGUAGAAGGGGUGGCACAAUCUCAUCCUAUUGGAACUGCUACUGGAACUCAUAGAGCUUCUGCUGCACAUAAUACACAUGUUGGUGGUGGGGCUAGCACGGGCUAUGGCACUGGCGGUUCAUAUAGUUAAAAUUUCUCAUUUUAUUACUGUAAACUAAGCACAAUCUGUUUUUCUUUAAUUUCAAUAAUGUGAACGGUGUUUUUGAGGUGUA